AAAGGAGAAAAGGAGAAGGGAAAAGUAGAAAGGGAAGGAGGAAAAUGAGAGGAAAAUUCGGAGAAUAGAGAAAAUGAGUAGGAAAAAGAAGAAAAGCGGAAAAGAAGGGAAAAUGUGAAGGAAGCUUAGGACUUAGGAGGGUAGAGGAAAAGAGGGAAAUGCAUAAAAAUAAAAAAUAAAAAAUCAUUAUGUCUACUGCCGGAAGGGAGCAAAAUGCUCCCAACUUCCCUUGUUUCUUACGUUGUAAAUUAUAUUUCGUAUAAUGAGAAACCAAUAUUCCUACUCCGAGGAUAUAGACACAACUUGCCGAAUCUCGUUACUAUACAACAAGCCUAUAACUACACAACAAUUCGAUCAAUCACCUUAAGUUCAACCAUACAUAUACCAAGAUUCAAAUUUUUAUAAACUUUCGUGAUGAAACUAACUGAACAUUACAAGUGCCACAUUAUUAUGUGGUUAUAUCAAGUUUUAAAUUUUGUCUCAUAACCACAUCAUCUUUAGGAUAAUCAAUCUUGCAGUUGAAUAUAUAAACCUUUGAUAUGGUGAUAUUGGAAACACUAGUUGGUGGGCUGAUUGGUAGAAAUGGUUUCAACAAUUUAAGGACGAGAAAUGAGCAUUGAGCAACGAUCAAAAUAUGUUUCCUUUUAUCACAAAAGAUGUUUGCGCAAUUAGAAGUGCAUUUUAUCACAAAAAGAUGAUCAACGAUCAAUAUAAUUGUUAUUUAUUUAUAAAAUCACACAUAAAACAAGAAGUAAUCUUUUCUUUUUCUUUUCAUCUCUGCCACUAGCAGCCGACCAUGACUUACAGAAACGCUUUAUGGGUCAACGGAUGGGAACGACCCAUUUUAUAAUUGUUUGUAAAAUUUUCUGGAAGUAGAUGGAAAGGACCCAAUUACAUAUUUCCCCUGCUCACGGACAUUUGCAUUGCACCUAGCAAACACCAGUUUUUUUGUUUGUACAUCGAUCCACAUCAAUGGCUCUUGUGAAAACAUCUCCAGGAACCUCCUCUGAUUCCAACACUUUUCAGGGUUAUCGCUACGACGUGUUCUUGAGCUUCAGAGGCGAAGAAACUCGCAAGACUUUUACCGACCACCUCUACACAGCCUUGAACAAUGCAGGAUUUCUUACGUUCCGAGACGACGAUGAACUUGAGAGAGGAGAAGAUAUAAAGCCAGGACUGCGGAAAGCGAUCCAGCAGUCACGAACUUCUGUUGUCGUGUUUUCGAAAGAUUACGCAUCAUCCAGUUGGUGUCUUGAUGAGCUUGUGCUGAUCCUUGAACGCAAGCGGACCACCUCGGACCAUGUAGUUUUACCAGUCUUCUACGAUGUCGAUCCGUCCCACGUGAGGAAGCAGACAGGAAGUGUUAGAAAAGCAUUUGCUAGAAGCCAGAAAAAUCAGUCACCGGAAAAGGUGGAGGGAUGGAGGAGGGCACUUGCAGAGAUUGCAGAUCUAGCAGGCAUGGUCUUACAAAAUCAAGCUAAUGGGUACGAGUCAAAGUUUAUCAAAAAAAUUGUUAAAGUGAUAGGAGACAAGUUAAGUCGCAUGCCAUUGAGUGUUGAACCAAAAUUGAUUGGAAUUCAAUCUCAAGCGGAACGCAUCAAUUUGUGGUUACAAGAUGGAUCAAGUGACGUUGGUAUAUUUGUUGUGUAUGGCAUGUCUGGAAUAGGGAAGACAACCAUUGCAAAACAUGUUUACAAUUCAAACUUUAGAAGCUUUCAAGGAAGUAGUUUCAUUGAAAAUAUCAAAGAAACAGAAGAUCGACCAAAUGGCUUAGUUCAUAUACAAAUGCAACUUCUUUGUGAUAUUUUGAACGACAGAGAAGUGAAAAUACACAGUGUUAGUGAGGGAUUAAUUAAGAUUGAAAGGGCCAUAAGCUUUAGAAGAGUUCUACUUGUUCUUGAUGAUGUUGACCAAAUGGACCAAUUAGAUGCAAUCCUAAGGAUGAAAGAUCAUUUUUAUCCGGGAAGUAAGAUACUAAUAACAACUAGGCGUGAAAGGUUGCUAAAGGUAGAUCAAGUUACAGAGUUGCACAGAGUUCAAACUUUGGAUUACAAUGAAUCAUUAAAGCUUUUCAGUUGGCAUGCUUUUGGCCAGGACAAUCCCAUAGAAGAAUACAUGGAGCACUCAAAACAGCUAGUGCAACAUAGCGACGGACUUCCAUUAGCUCUAAAAGUUUUGGGUUCUUCUUUAUCAGGGCAAAGUAUAGGUGUAUGGGAAAGUGCAUUGGAGAAGCUAAAAGUUAUUCCUGAUGGUGAAAUCAUGAAUAAACUAAGAAUAAGCUAUGAAAGUUUAAAAGAUGACCAUGACCGGAAAUUAUUCCUCCACAUUGCUUGUUUCCUAAUAGGAAGGAAGAAAAGUUACAUUGUUAGAAUAUUGGAUGGAUGUGAUUUCUAUACAACCAUUGACAUUCAAAAUCUCAUUGAUAGAUGCUUGGUGACACUUGAUGAACACGGCAAGGUGAAAAUGCAUGACAUGAUUCGUGCUAUGGGAAGAGAAAUUGUUCGCCAAGAAUCAGAAGAGCCUGAGAAACGUAGUAGAUUAUGGCGCCAUAAGGAUUCUUUCCAAGUAUUGAGGAAAAAGAAUGGUACAAAAAAAAUCCAAGGUCUUGUCCUGGAUAUGCGUAACCAUCCUGCAAAUAGUCCAAUAAACACAAAUGAGAUAGUCUUGGAAACCAAUGCAUUUGCAAGGAUGUGCAAUUUACAACUACUCCAUCUUAGUCAUGUACGACUGGAUGGAUGUUAUGCAGAUUUCCCUACAGAAUUAAGAUGGUUGUGUUGGCUUGAAUUUCCUUUGGAUUCUAUACCAAUUGAUUUUCCUUUGGAGAACGUAAUUGUUCUUGAAAUGCAAUACAGUAGCUUGAGACAAGUAUGCAAAGGAACAAAAUUUCUUCCAUCGUUGAAGAUCCUUGACGUCAGCCAUUCUCAUGGCCUUAGUGAAACGAUUGACUUCUCACUUUCCCCCAAUCUAGAGGAACUGAUUCUUGUAGAUUGCACAAGCCUGAAGAAUGUUCAUGAAUCGAUUGGAAACCUGGAGAGACUCGUGUACUUGAAUAUGAAGGAUUGCAAGAAUCUUAAGAUGCUUCCGAAGAACAUGUGCAUGCUUAAAUCACUUGAAACGCUCAUUUUAUCUGGUUGCUCAAAUCUUGAUGAGUUUCCACAGUUUCUUCCAUCAUUGAAGAUCCUUGACGUCAGCCAUUAUCAUGGCCUUAGUGAAACCAUUGACUUCUCACUUUUCCUCAAUCUAGAGGAACUGAUUCUUGUAGAUUGCACAAGCCUAAAGAAUGUUCAUGAAUCCAUUGGAAACCUGAAGAGACUAGUGUACUUGAAUAUGAAGGAUUGCAAGAAUCUUAGGAUGCUUCCAAAGAACAUGUGCAUGCUUAAAUCACUUGAAACACUCAUUUUAUCUGGUUGCUCAAAUCUUGAUGAGUUUCCAGUGGAGAUGAUGAAGAAGAUGGAGUCUCUGAAAGUUCUUGAGACAGAUGGAAUUCCAAUAAGUGAAUUAUGGCCAGAAAGAAGUUCAGCUAUCUUGAGUUCUUUUCCAUGCUCUUUAGUAGAGUUAAGUUUGAAGGGGUGCAAUCUUUCUGAUGAUGUCCUUCCUAUGGAUUUAAGUAAUCUAUUCUACUUGCGAAGACUACAUUUAGAUAAGAAUCCAAUUUGCAAUUUGCCAGUUUUCAUCAAAGGUUUGAGAAGGAUCGAUGAACUCACUUUCGAGGGUUGUGAUAGGCUCGAAUCACUUGUGGGGUUGCCGGAAGUACACCAAUGGAUAAGUAUAGCCGGAUGCAUAUCAUUAAGAAAAAUAACGUUUCAUUCCCCUGAGAAAUGUUGUCCAAUAUGUGUGGGUGACAACUGGAAUCUUGUUGAGUGGGAGUGCUAUUACAAGUUAGAGCCCAUUGAUAGAGUUGAAGUGGAAAUGAUCAAACUUUUGGGCUUGUGCAACUUCGAAUCCAUGCCAGUUGUUCGAAUGCGUAAUCCACACACAUACAAGGAUCCAAAAGAAGUCCCCGUCCAGGGACUAUAUCAACGUGGUAUAUUCAGCACGUUUUUUGUUGGGAAUAAGGUUCCAGGCCAGUUCAGCUAUAAAAGUACCAAGUCCUCGAUAUCUUUUAUUGUCCCUUUACUACUUGCUAGUCACCGAAUUCGAGGCUUGAACAUCUUUGCUACCUAUGCAAAGGAAAAUUCAAAUAAUUAUUUUACUAUGCCUAGAAUUGCUCCAAUAAUGAUCAAAGUGAGAAACAAGAGCAAGGGUCUGAAGUGGAUCUAUAGCCCAGUAUUCUAUGGUAUCCCAGGUGACGGAGAAGAUAUGAUAUGGUUGAGCCAUUGGAAGAUGGAGAAUAAAACAAUAUUACAAUGUGGAGAUGAAGUAGUGGUUUCGGUAAUAACCGGACCACGUGACUUGUUUUGGGUAAAGGAGUUUGGUGUCGAGCUUGUGCAAGAGCACCAAGAAAAGAUGAGUACCCAACACAACACCAAAUCAGAUCCUAAUUAUCCAUUUGUUAUCGGUGGAGAUUUGAAGACGUGGAAGUGCAUACCGGGAAUAUACUACCUUGGCACUUGGACAAGAGAAGAUGCUGAUGACAUUGAUAUCCUCACCAUGGACUCUGAUGAAGAAGACACAAACAAAGAAGGGCAAAAGGAUGAACCUGAUUACACAAUUGCAAAGACGAGGGCUGCUAGCAAUAACUGUAGCCUGAGAGGCUGGAAGGUGCGCCUCACAGCUGUUGGCUUCUUUUUCGCGCUUGCUCUAGUAGGUUGGUCCUCCAUCUCCCAAAAAAAGAAGCGAGUCAGCGACACUCGUCCACAAGCUCACCAUGAGUUUGUAAUUUGACUUGAUAUAGAUAUAUCUUUGCAUUCCUUGCUCUCAAGAUGUUUUCUACCUUCAAAACUUCAGGUUCAGAGCUAAGCACUCUUAACCGCUUGAGUUAUAAAAACCCCUUGCAACUA